UUCUUGAUCCUGGGCGCUACAGGUCCUUCAGGUCUCCUUCUCGUCCGCCAAGCUCUUGUAGCCUAUCCUCAAGGCGUUAUUGUCAUAUAUGCUAGGUCUCCUGAAAAACUACCUGCAGAUCUUGCAACGAAUCCUUCCGUGGUUGUCGUCAAAGGUCAGCUAGAAGAUCUCGACGCCCUCGCGAAUGCUUUACAAGGUGUUGAUGUCAUUCUCUCUGCUCUUGGUCCCGGUCCGUGGCAUCCCUCCGAUACACCCCUAGCCAAGGGUUACUCCAACCUCAUCGACCUCAUGCACAAACAUAAUAUAAAACGCCUUCUCUGCUUGGGUACCGCCUCUAUUACAGAUGAACAUGACAAAUUUAGUCUCAUCUUCAAAUCGUUUGUCACAUUUGUUUCCACUUUCGCACACAGCGCGUAUAAAGAUGUCGUGGCAAUUGGCGACAUCGUAAGGACCAAAGGCGAAGAUCUUGACUGGACCAUUGUCAGGGUCCCGGUCUUGACGAAU